AUGGCAUCGACGCUUGCUUCCAAACCGUACAAAGAAGAGCAGAUUUUUCGCCACUACAACUCUUCCUCCGCGGUGGCGUACGCGCAGAACCGGCUAAGCUAUCCAGACAAGCUGAUUGAUCUAGUUAUCUCCCAGCAUGUGGCUUCUGGAGGCGACACCAAUCUGCUUCUUGACAUUGGAUGCGGACCGGGUACCGCCACUCGGUCUCUUGCACCGCACUUUCAACGUGUCUUCGGCGUGGAUCCCGGCAAGAGUAUGAUCGAGACGGCCAGAAUGUUCCCCAGUUCCACGAAAUCCGGCAUGCCCGUGGAAUAUGUGGUCUGUUCCGCAGAGGAGAUAAGUACUAUUCCCGCACUGGAGGAGUUUUCGAGCGGACAAGGAAGGUUGGAGUGCGUCGACCUCAUUACGGCCGCCACCGCCGCGCACUGGUUUGAUCUCCCUCGCUUCUACGGCGAAGCGGCCAAAAUCCUCAAACCCGGCGGUAGCAUCAUCUUCUGGGCCAGUGGGAGAUUUUAUGCCAAUCCAAAUACUACGCCGAAUGCGGAAAAGGUGCUGGAUCUGUUGGACAAAUUCGAGUUGGAGGUCAUUGGCGAUUAUGAGGUGAAAGGCAAUCAGCUUUGUCGCGAGUUGUAUGCCUCCAUGGACUUGCCUUGGGUUUGUUCAGGAGAACUCGAUCCGGGGUUAAAGGCGUUGUUGGGUGUCUUUGACAAGGAUCAGUUCGUCCGGUUGGAGUUCAACAAGGAUGGCCACGUCGAGCCUGGAGAGACGUUUUACCGAGGCGGCAGAAUUGACUUUGAGCGCAUGAGGCGUUUGCUUGGGACAGGUAGUCCAAUCACAAGGUGGAGAGAGGUGAAUAAAGAGAAGUUGGAAUCGGGCGAGAUUGAGGACUGUGUGGAUGUGCUUAUCAAGCAGUUGAAGGAGGCGAUGGAAGAGGUGCCGGAGGGGAAAGGCAGGGAUUAUAUUGAUAGUGGCAGCUCGUUGGUUGUGAUGGUUAUGAAGAAGAGGAAAUGA